AGCUGUAUCCCACCAGACAUCCAGAGGCCCUGCCAGACGUAUCUGACUAAAGAGAGGAGAAGAGGAUCACCAGUGCCACCACAGCAGGGGUGGAGAGGGAGACCGUGCCUGUUGGAAAACCUGUUGGAUUUAAACUCUCUUCAUUACAGAUGAUCACUCUGCUCUCCUAACUGCCACCCUCCCCCUUUACACACAGACACACACACACACACACACACACACAGACGGAGAGACCCACACACACACACGUAGAGACAGACACAAACAGAAUUCGAUGCUGACCCAGACAGUAGAGACAGAUAGAUAGAGACACUAACACUAACACAGUCAGACACACACAGAAUAUCUCACACACACACACACACACACACAAUCACACGCACACACACAGAAUCACACACAGUCCUCUAGAAGUAGCCCUAGUGAGUCACAUAAACAUUAUCUCACAGUCACUCAGACACGCACUCCAAGACCCAGAGCUGGUUCCCAGGGGUCGUGGUGGGAGGGUGUGCCCCCUCCCCCCUCGGUGCACUACGCUGGGGGACGGAAGGACAGGAAUGGCCCUGGAGGAAUGGCUGGCUGGCUGCCUCGCUCAGUGAGACGGAGGCUUAUGUAACUAACGGUCCUCCUCAUCCUCCUCUCCUUGGCUAGCCAACACAGCUGGGCCUUGGGUCUCGACAGACACUGGGGAGGAGCUCCUCAUCAACCCCACUAGGGAAUACAGAUUCCAGCUUCUAAUCUUCAGGCUUUCCUCUCUGGGUUCAACUUCACAUUGCUUUUUUUGCUUUUUUUACCAUAUUUCUGGAGGAUCUUUAAGGGGUGUUUUUUGUGUGGAUUUUACAAGAGGGUGUUUUGGAUAUGUGCACCCUCACGGACACCUCCAGGUUACAGGCACACACACAUUUUGACCUGCGUACAUGUCUUCUUCGACACACACCUGUAGCAGGUGGGAUCGACGUCUGAGACUUCCUGCUUGUCUCCCAUUGGCUCAGGGAUGCCCCGACCAGGAAGAACAAAGUCUGAGCGUCCGUCUACGAGCACAUUGGCGUUUUUAAGACUCUGUUUGGACUGAAGGGACAGCCAUUUAUUGAAUAAGGAAACUAGCUGACUUUCAGAGCAACUAUAGGACUGCCUGAUAUCCGUCUCCGCUGAUUUUUAGCUCUCGUUUUGACGUUGUUUUGUUUUUCCUGUCUCAUCUGACGAUUGAGCCAACCAGGAAGCAAAAUACACAGACAAGAAUCCCACUUGGCCACAAUCAAAGACCAUUUUUGCUAUACCUCUCGCUCUCUCUCCCCCCUCUUUCUCUCUUUGUUUUUCUCUUUCCCUCUUUCUGCAUAUCAACUACCUGUUUACACACUAGACCAGCUACAGUGAUAGCCUACCUUUCUAUCGAGGCAGAACAUGAACGAUUAAGUUGCUAUCUUUUUAUAUCUUUACCUGCGACAAAUCAAAAACCUUGCAAUCCAUCUCUACCUCUCAAUCGCUCCAUACCCUUUUAAAACCUCUGUGUCAGAACCAAAUCGAUACUCAGACGGUCUAUAUCACAGACAGAAUAGUCAACAGACUGAACAGGCUACAGACUGAACAAUCGAUGGACGGUACAAUCUGUCAUCUUAGUCUGGAAUGGGAGACGGUUAUUGGGUCUGAAUGUCAUUGAACUGAACCAGAGUUCUUUUAAAUAUUAAGUUAUUGAUACGGGCUGUCAUUGAACAGGCUAUGUAUAGCAGGUCAACCAAAGCGAUCCGCCUCAUCCUCUGUACCUAACUGACAUUUUGACCCCCAGAGUUGAGUGUUUUUUAAAAACCAUUUAUGAGUCUAGGGACUAGAGGAGAGGAAGAUUGUAAGAAAUAAAGAAGGAAUUUCAGUUAAAACCGCUUCACCAAAUCAUAUACGUUAUGCUUUACUAGGACAUACCUCUUAUUUUCUUUUGAAAAGGGACAGGUCCAAGGUUUUUAUAUACCACACCGAAACAAUCAAGCCAUAUCACAGCUUUUUUAUUGCACUAUUUUCUUGUUGUAUCGUAAAAUCACUAAGCCUUCAAUUAAGUUAUUUACCUCUCGCACGCGCACAUUUCUUGCUAUUCCUUAUAUUUACCCAAAUCCACUCUAAGGAACCAUUUAAAGACUAAAGAAAAACCAAGCAAUUUAAAAGUAUCAGCCUUGAGAUUGACACACAAUUGAGCAGAAGUUGUUGUUAUUGUCCUCCUAUAUAAGCCAGUAAUUCAAGCAUAGAGCAGCAUGGGCUUGAUUUUAUAAGAACACAUCUUUAAAUAGUGGCUCUGUUGAUCUACUUUUACGUUUACAAAGGCAUUAUAGUGGAGGAUCUUUAAGCCUCUUGCAGCUGUCCGAGUCCAUCUCAAUCAAAUACCCCCCUCUAUCUCUGUCUUACCCCCUCCUCUCAGACAAGGCCAAAGGUCAAGUUGAAUAGACAUCCCACAACUUUUAAGCAAAGGGACAGAUUUUGUUUUCUGAACACACGGUUUAGGGAGGGCGAAUCUACCCUUUCUUUCUUUUUGUCCCCCUCUUUCCGGUGAACAUGCAGAGGUCUUCUCUCGUUCUGGUCCGAUUGAGAAGGGGACUCCUCUACUUCCCUCUCUAACCCCCUCAAUCCCCCUCUCUCUCUACGCCCUUUCUCUUAAUCUAUAAUCCAUCCCUCCAUCCACACACCCCAAACAAAUCCCCCUACCCCCUCAUCCCCACCUCCCCCCUGGGUGGGGUAAUUCCACCGUCCCCCCCCUCCCCUCUCCCCCUGUGUGAUGCCGGGCAGCAGUAAGAGUGGGGGUGUGGGUGGCCUCCCCUCGCCCCCCCACACCGCCUCCCCGUCCCGGCCACUUCGCCCGUCCCGCUACGUGCCCGUGUCGGCAGCGACGGCCUUCCUGGUGGGAUCCACCACACUCUUCUUCUGCUUCACGUGAGUACAACCAAACCAACCCCCCCCAGGUCACACACACACACACGUCAUACACACACGUCAUACACAGAUGCUCAAAUGCACAGCGUGUACACAUCCUACACAAGUCUCACACACACACAAGACCGUCUCCUCAAACACACCCACACCUUUAACAUAAACACUGUUAUCACCACACACACCCUCACUUGAUUAAUUCUCUGCCUUCCUAGAAAGACAGACGCGCAUAAAUUCCGACCCACACACCAGUCCCCUAGGGCCUGCCUGUAGUGUGUGACCGGUAACGUUAUUGAGGAAUGUAGUCAGUCAACCCCUGGCAAUGGGACAGAACAGAGCAACAUCAGACGUAAAGACACACACUCAUAAACCUAGACACACACACUACUCUCUCUCUCUCUCACACAUACACACACACACACACACACAGUUGAGUGUGUGACAGUACUAGUAGUGCAGAGUAGGAUAGACAGGACAGGUCAGGGUGUGUCUGGAGUGGCCUGUCAGUUCAUAGCUCUACUCCAUAUUACAACAACAACCACCACCAUGCUGGAAUAGAGGGAAAAUAGGCCAGCAUCUGUCACCCUUAAUAAAGAGCUGUCUUUUCUCUCUCUCUCUCUCUGUCCCUGUCCUUCUAUAUCCAUCUCAUCCCCUCUCUCUCUGUUGCGAUCCGUCUCCCUCUGAAUUUGCUCAACUCGGUUUAAUCAGCAAGUGCUUUAUUCACUAGACAAAAGCGCGGCCUUUGCUAAACCUAGCAUGAACUACCUCGCUCGCUCUCUCUCUGGGUCUUGGCCCGUUGUCCAUGCAACAGGUGAUCUCCAUAUGUGGGUCACCCCGUUCCCAUGGCAAUGAGACAAGCUCUUCCUAAACAGAUACUGUUGACAAUUUUGCGUCUGUACGGCCACUGCCCUCCCUGUCAAACACACCUACUCAAAGAAUGUCAGCCCUGCCACUAGGUUUGCUAUAAAGCUGAGGGUGGGGCUGGACAAAUGUAGCCACUCUCAAAUUCAUAGAUGGAGCUUACUGUCACCAAUACUGCCGUGAUAUUCCUUCCUUUAUUGAGGUGUUCAAAGAGGCAACGGGGUUUUGCUGUGGUUCUUGUUAUGAAUAAAUACAAAGGAUCUAACUUCUUUCUCCUUCCCUCUCUUUCAGGUGUCCAUGGCUGACGGAGCAGUUCUCGGUUGCCGUGCCGAUCUACAACGGUGUCAUCUUCCUCUUCGUCCUGGCCAACUUCUGCAUGGCCACAUUCAUGGACCCGGGCAUCUUCCCCAGAGGUGUGUGUGUGUGUGUGUUGCACAGAUUUAUAACAACACCUACCUCCCAUCCCAUGCUCCCUGCAAACUCUGUAUGACUGUCUACUGCCUAUGCUAUGUAGUAUGUAUAUGUGUGUGUGUGUUCAUGGUGAUCUAGUAAGGGUGUGUGUUCAUGGUGAUCUAGUAAGGGUGUGUGUUCAUGGUGAUCUAGUAAGGGGGUGUGUGUGUGAUCUAGUAAGGGUGUGUGUUCAUGGUGAUCUAGUAAGGGGGUGUGUUUUGUGAUGCAUUAACAGUGGUGUGUGUGUUCAUGGUAUCUAGUAAGGGGGUGUGUUGUGUGUGUUCAUGUGUUGAGGGUGUGUGUUCAUGGUGAUCUAGUAAGGUGUGUGUUCUGUGAUCUAGUGGGUGUGUGUUCAUGGUGAUCUAGUAAGGGUGUGUGUGAUCUAGUAAGGGUGUGUGUUCAUGGUGAUCUAGUAAGGGGGGUGUGUGUUCUUGCUAGUGCAUUAACAGUGUGUGUGUGUGUGUGUGUGUGUGUGUUCAUGGUGAUCUAGUAAGGGUGUGUGUUCAUGGUGAUCUAGUAAGGGGGUGUGUGUUCUUGCUAGUGCAUUAACAGUGUGUGUGUUGUGUGUUCAUGGUGAUCUAGUAAGGGUGUGUGUUCAUGGUGAUCUAGUAAGGGUGUGUGUGUUCUUGCUAGUGCAUUAACAGUGGUGUGUGUUUCAUGGUGAUCUAGUAAGGGUGUGUGUUCUGCUGAUCAUAACAGUGUGUGUGUGUGUGUAUGGUGAUCUAGUAGGGGUGGUGUUCUUGCUAGCAUUAACGUGUGUGUGUGUUCAUGGUGAUCUAGUAAGGGUGUGUGUUCAUGGUGAUCAAGUAACGUGUGUGUGUGUGUGUUCAUGGUGAUCUAGUAAGGGGGUGUGUGUUCUUGCUAGUGCAUUAACAGUGUGUGUGUGUGUUCCUCCAGCGGAUGAGGAUGAGGACAAGGAGGAUGUGGUCUCUUGCUAGUCAUAUCAGGUGGUGAGUGGUGUUUGGUUUAGGUGUCAACGGUGUGUGUGUUGAGUGAUUAACACACUGUCUACAUAAAUAAGCUGGUGGUAGUCUGUAUCACCUAUCAUUAACAGUUGGGCUCUCCUACCGUCUGGAGAGUAACCAAAUCCGGAUGUUUUCCCUCCACCUACAAGCACGUGGUGAUCAGCAAUCAGGUCAAUGAAGGUUUGGUUCAACCUCAGAGUCUCUCGGGACCGUGGAGCCCCUGCUCACAAGAUGCCUUUGACAACUUGUGGAGUAUGACCCUCACACCCACCCCCCAGUGUCUACAUAACAUACACUUUAGUCAAGAUGCCUCAUCCAGUAAGCGGCUUCCAACUGUUCUGGAGAUACAUCUUUUUUUUCCUCCACCCUAAUCGAACACACCUGGUUGAAACCAGCUUAAUCAUGGUUUGGUUUUACAACGGGGCAUUGUUGACCCUCAUGAGGGUUGCUCCCGGCACAGAGCUGGACGACCCGACUCUAAGAUGCCUUGCAACUGCUGAGGGCAUGUGCCUUAGACCCUCCCCAGGAGCUUCAACCCUUGCUAUUAUAGGUCAAUAUAAUAUCCUCCACUAUCCUAUGGGACCAGAGAGGCGAACACCCUUGUGGGGUGGGGGAGUGGGGCGCCCGAGAAACAAAGAGUUGGACGCUCUUGUGUAAAACUCUCGUCCUAUCCAAGUAGAAGUGAAACACGCGUACUGGACACAAACUGUGGAGAUGCAAUCUACAGUCAGUGUCUCACAUAAACAUACACAAACACAAAAUCUUGCACUAUCCCUUUUAACUUUGCACAAAUGGCUCUAACUCGCCCUUUGCUCCUCUCCCACAUCUCUCCUGUCCCCAUCCCCUCUCUCCCCCCUCCAGGACUUUGACCACCACUGCCCGUGGGUGAACAACUGUAUCGGCCGGAGGAACUACCGUUACUUCUUCCUGUUCCUGCUGUCCCUGACGGUCCACAUCAUGGGAGUGUUUGGCUUCGGACUGCUCUACAUCCUCUACCACACACAGCAGCUGGACAGGGUCCACUCUGCCGUCACGUAUCCUGUACAUAGGGGGGGGGGGGGAUGUCCUAAAGGCCAAGGGUGUGGAUGUUUUGGUGGGGUUGGGGGUGUGUGUUUUGUUGGUUGGAUGUAUAGGUUGGUUCAUGUGAGUAUUUAAUUUUCAACACAUUUCGGGAAGUGUUCAAGUCUAUGGCAGCAUCCCAAAUGUGCCCUGGUCAAAAGUAGUGCACUAUGAAAGAAUAGGGUGCCAUUUGGGACGCACACUAUGAGUGUGUUAGUUGGUGUCUCUGUUCUCUGUUCUCUCCUUAACCCCUGGUGUCUCAGUAUGGCAGUGAUGUGUGUGGCUGGUCUCUUCUUCAUCCCAGUGGCUGGUCUCACUGGCUUCCACAUGGUACUGGUGGCCCGGGGGAGAACCACCAAUGAACAGGUACAACACACACACACACCAGGGAUGAACCACCAACGAACAGGAAUAACACACACACACACACACACACAAACACACCAGGAACGAACCACCAACUAACCGAUAUAACUGUCCUUUUCAAAGUGCUUUUACCUCUGUCAGAAAUGUCCUAAUAGCCAAGAGGCUGGAACCAAAGCUGGCAGCUCCCUGGACUAGAAUGUGCCCUGCAAUUGCGAAGAUGAGCUGUCAUCACGUACAUAGUGAGAGAUAUGCUUAUCACAGAAAAAAAUCUGCAUACCCCUUGAAAACUGAGAUAGAGAUAAAAAUUAAAUCAAAUCAAAGUUUAUUUGUCAUGUACACAGAAUACAACGGGUGUAAACAGUGCAAUGAAAUGCUUACAGAUAAGGCGAUGUUAACUUAUUCAUGUCCAUUCUUCUCCUUGAGGAGAUAUGUAGACCCCUUGUUUGCGUCAGAUCCAACACUCCGCCCAACCCAUCCUAAACAAUCACACCCUCUUAUCUGACGGGUUUUUCUGUCACAUACCUCUUUUGUUGUUGUCCGAGAACUAAACCGUUGGUGUGCGUUUAUGUUGACGUUGUUCUUAAAGGCCCAAAACAGUUCAUCUCUACAACGGCCCUAUGAUAAUCCUUGAAAAUAUGACUCCUCUAUCCCUCCCUCCAUCCCGGUCUCCCUCCAUCCCUCCCCUGAAUGAAAAUGCACAGGUCAUAAUCUCAUCAAGGAGAGAGGAUAAUCCUCUGUCCUCCUCUCCCUCAUCCCCCCCAUCCCUCCCUCCCCUCUAUUUAUCCCCCUCUUUUAUUUGACGCUCCAUGUUUGAUGUUUACACUUGAAAUAUGUUGUAUUGAUGAAUGGAUGAUACCUUGAGGAAAAUGAAUUACCUUUUCUUGUUUCUCUCUUUCUAUAUCUUUAUCUUCUCUCUUUUCUCUCUCUUCCUCCUUUUUCGCUCCCUCCCUCCUGUCUUUUUCUCUCUCUCCUCUUCCUCCAUCUUUCUCUCUCUCUCUCGCUCUCCCACAGGUGACGGGGAAGUUUAGGGGAGGAGUGAACCCUUUCACUAAUGGCUGUUGGAAGAACGUUUCUCACGUGCUCUGCAGCUCCCAAGCACCCAGGUCUCUGUCUCAUUGUUGUCUAUGGAUUUAUACUAAUAGUAAUGCAACAGGAUGUACACUAUCAGUUCAAACAGUGUAUUGAGCUGCGGUCAUCCCUGCAUGCUAUUAGGGGUUUGAUUGAUGACCGAGACUAGGUCCUCUCAUAGAGAUGGAUAGAGGACUCUAGAUGGAUAUAACCUGUUUUAGCCUGGACAUUUCCAUUGAGGGCUUCCACCUUUUUAAAGUAGUCAACUGGGUGAUAUUUCCUAUGGGUUGGGAGCCAUCAGUCAAUGAUCAGAGCAUUGUCUUCUUCAAAUUGGGUUGCCUUUAGUUAAAGGGAUUUAAGCUCGAACACUGCCAUCUAGUGGCCACAAUAACUGAAUGACAUGCGUUGGUUCAGGAAACCAAUUGUAUCUUUUUUUCAAACACAAAAUACGAAAAUGGACUACUUUUAAAUGGAGAUAGCCUCAGUGGCGCUGCCUGUGCUGUUACAGGCACCAUAAUGGCACAGAUACAAAGAUGAGUCCUCUAUCUAUCUCUAUGGGUCCUCUUCAUCCUCCUCAUGUGCUUCUUGCUCUCCCUCAUCCAUUCCUUCUCUUACUACUCUUUCUCCCUGUACCUCUUCAUCGGGUACCCUCUUCUCACUCUCCUCCUCUUCCUCCUUGUCCUUUUAAUAAUAUGAUUUGAUUUUGUCUUCAUCAGGUACCUGGGGAGGAAGAGGAAGCGUCACAGUGUGGUUGUCCAGCCUCCAUUCCUCCGGCCACAGCUCACUGACACCCAGCUGGCCGCCAAGGUGCUCGACAACGGUAUCCACGGAGACCUCCACCGGGUAUGACGCGACAAAGACCCAUACAGACACUCGUUUACGCACGUGCCAGACGCACACACACUCAUGCAUAUGCACGCAUACACUCACGAUCUGUAUGUUCAUUACUCCUUCUUGCUCUCAGCAUUGGGAAUGGUUAUUGCACUCCAGUUGUCACUCUGCCACGGCACUGUGCUGUAUAGACUGACAUUUAUUCUAUUAAAUGUCAUUUAUUUUCUGUCUACUUCCCUCCCUCCCUCCCUCCCUCCCUCCUUCCCUCCCUCAGUCUAAGAGUAGUCUGGAGAUGAUGGAGAGUCAGUCGUGCGAUGCGGAGCCCGCUCCUCCACCCAAACCAGAGCUCAGGUACCCCGGCCUGUCCAGAGGCCACCACGGGCAACACACAGAGGGUACGUACACACACACACACACACACACACACACACACACACACACACAUUAAAAUGUGGUCCUCUGUAGCUCAAUUGGUAGAGCAUGGCUUUUGUAACGCCAGGGUAGUGGGUUCGUUCCCCGGGACCACCCAUACGUAAAAAUGUAUGCGCACAUGACUAAGUCGCUUUGGAUAAAAGCGUCUGCUAAAUGGCAUAUUAUUAUUAUUAUUAUUAUUAUUAUUAUUAUUAUUAUUAUUAUUAUUAUUAUUAUUAUUAUUAAAACACACUCUCAUUGAAACACAUGCACAGCUCACACACUCGGUUCACCAGAGUUGUAUUCAUUACUACACACCGUAGGAAAACGUUUUGGAAAAGGUUAACAAGUGUUUCCUGUUGGACAAGUUCAGGUAGUCCCUCCCUGUUUCAGUUAGUUUUCUUCCGUUUGGUGGCUAAUGAACACGACCCAGGUUGUUGCUGUAAAUGACAGUGUUAUCAGUCAACUUAGCUGGUAAAAUGAAGUUUAUGUAUGAAAACAAUUAUAUACCUGAGUUCAUGUAUUUAAAUCGCUCUCUCUUGCGCUCUUUUCCUCUCCCUCUCUACCUCUUCCCCCUCCCCCUCUCUGUCUCUGUGUCUGUCUGUCUGUCUCUCCACAGAGAGUAGUCUUCUGAACAAAGCCCCGCCCACACCCACCAUGUAUAAGUACAGGCCGACCUAUAGCAGUCCAGGAAAGAACCACACUGCCCUCACCCAUGCCUACGCCAACCAGGUAACACACACACACUGUCUUAAUGCCAACCAGCUAGCUCGCGCAUAAAGUGACUGUGUGUCUGUGUGAAAGUCUGUGUCUGAAAGAGAGUGUAUGCUGUGUGAGGUAUGAUCCAUAUCAAACUACUCCGGUAACACACACGUCGUUCUCUCUGACUCAGCUUUAUAUGUUAUAUAUCAGGGAUCUCAUUGGCUGCCUGGCUGCCUGCCUGCCUGUCUUUAAUCGUUUGAUUUGUUAUGAUUUGUUAAUGCAUCUCUGUUUUUUACUUGUGGCUUCUUUUCCUGCCUUUUGAUUGGUUACUCAGUGGCUUUCAGUUGAACAGUAUCAGUAAGUGAAUGCUGGACUAUUUGUCUUUAUUUUCUUUAGUUUGAGUGUGUGUUAUUAGAUCUAGUUACCCAACCCUGUGUGUCAUCUUUUAGCCUAUAGCUUUCCCCACACUGUUGUAGAAAAUAUUCUCCCCUAGCUAUUUCUUGUUGUAGAAAGAUUUUGUGGUAGUUCAUUCACAUAUUAGUUCAUUUUUAUUUGACCUAUUUUACAUGUGUGGUAUGUUUCCUAUAUGUCACACAAUCUGAUUAUAAUUCCCUUAAAUCAAUUCUGGAAUCACACAGUGGACUGUCAAUGGCCCAGCUGCUGUUUGACGUUAGUAGUAAUAGUAGAAUGUGUCAUUUCAAAAUGUGGUUGUGCAUCAGCAGUUUUUCUCUUGUUAUGUCAGUCACUGAUAGUCAGUCAAUUAGCCCAUGUCAGCAAAACAUGUUUUAGAUUGCUAAAUUAGUUUAGCAGCCAGCUAUCUCAACAUGUUAUCAUGGUCGAAUUACCGGCCGGAUAUCAUAUAAAAAAACUGCAAACACCCCCCCCCCCUUGGCAAAAUGAGUAGAAUUGCAUGAAAUUAGUUAUAAAAUAGCAAAAACUUCUCUCUGCCCCAUGGCAAAAUGUGUAGAAGUGCACAAAAUUCACUUUAAAACAUUAAAAUGUUCUCUCUGCUGUCAAGAGGGGGGCUACUAGAAUGUUGCGAGUUGUCGUGAUGAGUUCAGAUUCUUUUGUGGCCCCCACCCCUAUCAAAGUUGAAGAUCCCUGCCUUAUAAAGUGCAAUACUUUUGACCAGGUCCCCAUAAGGCUCUGGUCAAAAGUAGUGCACUAUAUAGGGAAUAGGGUGCCAUUUGGGAUGCAAGCCAUGUGUUAGAAGAGCUCUAUCAGGAGCAGGGGAAGAAGAUCGGUUUUUUUUUUUCUCUAUUAACUCUAAUUGUGUUAUCUGUUAGCCGGGCCACAACAACAUCCAUUUCAUUAACUCUUAUGCUGUGUCCCAAAUGGCACCCUAUUCCCUAUACAGAGCCCCGUGGGCCCUCAUCAAAAUUAGUGCACUAAAUGCAGACUAGGGUGCCAUUUGAGACACAAGCUUAUUGUUUCACUGGGCACACAUGUUGCCCCCCUCCUCUCUAUCCCACAGCCAUCUGGCUAUAUAUACAGUGUGUGUGUGUUUCAAUGUUUUUAUUGAAGGUGUGGGACUCUUCUGACCUAUGUGUUGUAAAGAUAACAUCAUGUAACAGAAGCCAUGUGGGCAUUCUAAAAGUUCUAGGGCUAUAUAUUCUUCCCCGCACAGACCCCUUGUGUGUAGUGAAUAGUGAAGCCCAUGCAUCUGGUCUGAAAGAGUAGUUCCCUUUCCCGAUGUCUCGCCUUGUUCUUCCCACUGUGGUGUUAUUGGUAGUGGCCUAGUGCUGUGUCUGUAGAGUUGGACAUCCAAUUCUCAUUCCACUUUCCAGUGUGGGAUUCAGUGACAAGGAUAGAGUUAACAUGACUUUAUCUUCUCUCCCUCCUCUCCUCUCUCCCUCCUCCCUCUUGCUCUCUUCUUUCUCUUUAUCUCUCCCUCCUCUCCUCUCUCCCUCCACCUCUUUCUCUCCCUGUCUCCGUCUCUCUCCCUGUCUCUGUCUCUCUCCCUCUGUCUCUGUCUCUCUCCCUCUGUCUCUCUCUCCCUCUGUCUCUCUCCCUCUGUCUCUCUCCCUCUGUCUCUCUCCCUCUGUCUCUCUCCCUCUGUCUCCCUCUGUCUCUCUGUCUCUCUCUCUCUCCCUCCCCACCAGAUGAGUCGAGGGGACAGUCUGAAGGAGUCGUCCUCUCUGCUCCAGUCCAGCCAGCAGCCUGGCUUCCGCUCUGAACCCAGUCUGGAUGGGAGAGAGGCCCCAGGGGAGAGAGGAGGAUUGGGAGGAGGUGGAGACAGACCUGGAGGAGGGGGGUCAGUAGGGGGGGCACCAGGGUCAGGGGGUGGCGGUAUCCCCGGUUACUCCCUAGGGGGACGUUCCUACCCCUCCUUCUCAGACCCAACGGUUCUAUCUACCGGCGGAGGGGGAGGGGCUUCCCGUUCUUCCAGCGUGCGUUCUGGCCCUGCCCACAACGCGGCCCACGUCUCCGAGGCGACGACCUCCACGAGCUACAAGAGCCUGGCCAAUCAGACGCCUCCGCCGCGCAACGGCAGCCUAUCGUACGACAGCCUGCUCACGCCCUCCGAGAGCCCCGACUUUGAGUCGGCCGCCCCCGACAUGUCGCCCGGGCGCCACCAUACCCCCAUCCCGCCCGGCCCGGGCCCUGUCCUGGGGUACUCCUCCCCCUACCUGUCGGCCCAGCUCAGCCAGCAGAGAGACGCAGAGCUCCACCAGCCCUCCGCCUCCUCGGUAGCCCUCCUCUCCUCCCCGCACCGUGCCCACUAUCUCCGCGCCUCCUCCUCCUCCCCCCCGCCUCUCCCCGAGAGGGAGCGACUCCUCCAGGAAUCGCACCACCACUCUCAGCCCCCUCCCUCCUCCGCGGCCCCCCAGCCCCCCCACCCACACCACCACCAUCACCACCACCACCACCACAGCAGCCACAGCUCCAGACACCCCCGCUUCUCCCGGCCCCCGCUCCUGUCCGACUCGGCCGCCCACCACCAUUACCCCUACCGCACCCGGUCCACGGACACCCCCCUGGCCCCCUCCACGCACCCCCCGCGCUCCCCCCACCCCCCGCCGCUGGGGAAGUCUCUGUCGUACUCUUCGGCGGCGGCAGCGGAGAUGCAGUACCGGAUGGUGCGCAAGGCAUCGGCCUCGGUCGGAGGGGGAGGGGCGGGAGGGGGAGGGGGGAUCCAGGCACCUAAGUGAGUAACGGCUCUGCUCUUUACUGACUGACUGCAGCCCGCUGCCUCCUUCUUCUCCUCCUUCUCCUCCUCCUUCUCUUCCUCCUCCUCCCAGGCUCCUGUGAGUUCCUUUUCCUCUCUUUUUUUCCGUUCUCUAUUUUCCACUCGUCUGUAGAGUCGGUGCUUCUCCUCAUCCCUGCUUCUGUUGUGUGGUCGGUUCCAAAUGGCACCCUAUUCCCUAUAAAGUGCACUACUUUACCACGGCUCUGGUCAAAAGUAGUGCACUCUCUAGGGAAUAGGGUGCCAUUUGGUACAUACAAUUUGUCUGUAGUUGUUCCAUUUAGUUUUUCUCUGUCCCGAACGGUCUCCAUCACCUGUCCCUGUUCCCUUUACUAUGUAAUGGUGUUAUUACUAGACGUGUUACUGUAUCACAAUACAUUAUGUAAUGGUACGCUGUUCCCUAUAUAGUGUACUGCUGUUGACCAGGGCCCAUAGGUUUCUGGUCAAAAUGCGUAAACUAUUUAGGGAAUAGAUUGCCAUUUGGGAUGCAGGAAUUCCUUGUUUUUAGCAUGUAUUAUGGUCAUGACAAAGCAACUUGUGGACUUUAAUCUUCCUAUAAAGUUUUUGAUUUGAUAAAUGUUUUAUUUUAUCUCAAAAUGCAUUUAGUCCUGCAUAGAUCAUGGUUGUGUUAUUGCUGUAGUUGUGGAUGUGUUUUAUCCUGUUGCCCUCUGUGUGUUACCAUUGUCCAGCAUGACGUCCCUCUGUUUGACUAUAGGAUUACAGUGGAAGAUAUCUGUAUGUACCAGCCCUUGGUCACCCCUGCAUGAUAUGGAUAUAUCCUAUCGCUUGAUUAUGAAUGCUUCCAAAAUGGCACCCUAUUCCCUAUAGCCCUUUGGGCCCUGGUGAAAGGUAGUACACUAUAUUGGGGAUAGGGUGCCAUUUGGGAUACACCCUAUGAGUGUGCGCUCUUCCUCUCCAACCUCUUAACUAAUCUUCCUCUUCUUUUCUCUUCCUCUAUCCAGGGACGAGAUUCAGAUGAAGUUGUUCAGCCGGACGAACGGUCAGCCCAGGUCCUCCCUUUCCUCCUCAGGCUCCACCCCUUCCUCCCCCUCUCACCCAAUCAGCAUGUCCACUCGCCCCGGACAGGCUUAUCCCAGCCCUGGAAACACCCAGAGCCCUGCCCACAAGCCGGGGGGCGGGGUGAAGAAGGUGACGGGCGUCGGCGGGACCACCUAUGAGAUUUCAGUC